AUGGCCACAAUCACAGCGCCGACACAUUCUGACACCAAAUUAGCGAAUGCAACCACAUCCAUCUCCACAAGCUCCUCCAACGACUGCGCUGUCCAUGGACUUUCUGAAACCCCUCAUCUCGAUCGCCUUCUCCAAUCUCGUCCCCAAUCUGAACUGCAAGGCCUCGCUGACGCGGUCGAUAGCUUGAGGCAAGGUGAUCGAUGCGCCAAAUGCGCCAUCCAAGCCGCCGUCGCUAUCAUUACAGGAUUCGUGGGGGAAAUCUACACAGCGAAAAAGAGUGGUAAACUUUCCAAGGAAGAGAAGAAAGCGCUCAAAUCGGAAGUCAAGGGUUUGGCAGCGGGAAUGAAGGAGGGGAUCAAGAGUCAGAAGAAGGAGUUUAAGAGCCGAUAA